AUGCUUCUCUCCAUGUUACGAUUAAGACCACUCGUUCAGAGAUGUUGGUCUAUUCCUCAUACAAUAUCACGUUUUGAACAACAAACAUUGAAGUUAAAUCACCGAACAUUGACAUUUUCUGCACUGUGUUUACAAAAACCGCCAUCAACUUUGAAUGAAAAAUCAACGCAAAAAGUCUCGUCGUUGGUGGGUGAGAAUGAAAAUAAGACUCCUUUCAUAUUUUCCAAAACUUCAACUGAUCCGAAGUACACAAAAACAGCAACCGAUGAAGAAAAACGUGAACAGGCUGCGAGAGCCGCAUGGGAUGUGCGAAUGUUGAAGUAUACCGGUUAUUUCCUUGGUAUAUGGUUAAUCUCAACAGUUGGUUACAUUAUUCUUGUUUGGGGUGCACCACAAAUCGAUCAAGAAGGCAAUCUGAUUCAUGACCAAUAUUCUGACUUGCCCUCAUGGCAAGCAUACUUACAACGAUCAUUUCAUGGUAUUAUAGAUUAUUGGCAAACAAUUAAAGAUCCUACAAGUGAUAAACUUCUGCCUGAACCACUGCCAGCACCUUACCAACCAUUAUAUACAUUAGUUAUCGAAAUGUCAGGUGUGCUAUUACAUCCCGAAUGGGCUUACAAUACUGGCUGGCGAUAUAAGAAACGACCGGGAUUGGAUUAUUUCAUUAAAGAAGUUGGAUAUCCUGUUUAUGAAGUUGUUAUCUAUACGAAAGAAACACCAUGGGCUGCUGAAUCCGUUAUUCAAAAUAUGGACAAAGACCAUCGUAUAAUGUAUCGUUUGUAUCGUGAAAAUACUCGUUACAUUAAUGGAGCGCAUAUUAAAGAUCUUUCGUGUCUGAAUCGAGAUAUCAAGAAAAUCAUUUUCUUGGAUUGGGAUGAGAAAUCUUAUCAGUUACAACCACGAAAUGCAUUACAUCGUUUGAAAAAAUGGGAUGGAAAUGAUGAUGAUCGACAAUUGCUUCAUCUCGCUGCAUUUCUACGAAUGGUUGCAGCCAGCGGUGUCGAUGAUGUUCGUGAUGUCCUCGAUCAUUACAAUCAAGAAUCUGAUCCAAUCGAAGCCUUUCUAUUUCGUCAACAAAAACUGCUAGAAGCUGAAGAACAAAAACGACAAGCCGCAGCACAAUCAACUGUGAAACAAUCCAAAGGCCUAUUUAGCAAUUGGACAAAACGAUUUUGA